AUGCAACCCGUAAGAGCGAGAAACACCAGAGACAUAAACGAGGCAGCGAGCCUUCUCGAUGCAGAGGCAAGCGAUGAAGACAACUCGCCUCAAAGCGGGUACAAUGAACUUUUAUUCUUUGACUUUGAGUGUCAACAAGAAAAUGGAAACCACGAACCCAACUUAUGCGUAGUACAAAACGAGGCGGGCGACGAAUGCAUAUUUAAAGGGGAUAAUACACGAAAUGAGUUUUGCGAAUGGUUAUUUACCAAGGAACAUGCAAACUGUAUUGUGAUGGCCCAUAAUUUUCAAGGUUACGAUGGUUACUUCAUUCAACAAUUUCUACACGAGAACGGUGUGAUUUUUGAUAUCAUCAUGCGUGGUGCCAAAAUUCUUACAUUAUGUGUCCCAAUGUUCAAGAUUAAAUUUAUCGACUCUUUGAGUUUCAUACCCAUGAGACUUGCUGAUUUUCCGAAAACAUUUGGUAUCAAUGAGCUUGCAAAAGGUUAUUUUCCACAUCUUUUCAACAAAAAGGAGAGUGAGAAUUACGUUGGACCUAUUCCACCAAGUCCAUUUUACCAUCCUGAUGGAAUGAGUCCUGAUGAAAAAGAAAAGUUUCUGGAAUGGCACAGCAAUUUGAAAGAAAGCGAUUAUGUGUUCAAUUUCCAACAAGAGACUCUAACGUACUGUCGUUCAGAUGUUGAUAUUCUACAUCGUUGUUGCCUUGAAUUUCGCGAACUGUUUCGUGAUGUCACAGAUAUCGACCCGUUUGAGAAAUGUCUUACCAUUGCAUCAGCCUGCAAUUUGGUGUUUCGAAAGAAUUUUUUGAAAGAGAACACCAUUGCAAUCAUCCCUCCUCACGGUUAUCGCCCGAAAGACAAGCAGUCAAUUCUAGCUCUAAAAUGGCUGACCUUUACUGCUGAAAAGAACGACAUUUACAUUCAACAUGCCCGCAACGCGGGUGAGACACGUGUUGGCAAUUAUUUGUUGGACGGUUAUCACGAAGAGACGAACACAGCUUACGGAAUCAAUGGUUGCUUUUGGCAUGGGUGCUUGAAAUGCUAUGCCAGAGAUACGGUGAACAGUGUUAGUGGUAAAACUAUGCAUGACCUGCAUCAAGCUACAAUGGAGAAGACGUGUCACCUCAAAGAUCAGGGCUUCAAAGUUGUCGAAGUGUGGGAGUGUGACAUCAAGCGAGAAUUAGAAUGCGACGAAAAUAUGAGGAAUUACUUUGACAGUUACGACCUAGUUGAUCCUUUGGAACCUCGCGAUGCCUUCUUUGGUGGUCGAACCAACGCUGCUAAAUUAUUUCACAAAUGCAAAGAUGGUGAAAAGAUAAGGUAA